AUGGUGUCGCAAAACCUGGCUUCCUUUAAAUCCAGGCAAGAGUAUCGCAGGAACGUCGAAUUGGAAGAAGCGCGUAAGGCUGGGCUUGUACCUGCUGAAGUCGAUAAGAAUGGAAAGGAGAUCAAUCCUCAUAUACCCAAAUAUGUGUCUGAUACACCUUGGUAUAUCAAAACCGACGAGGGACCAAGUCUAGAGCAUCAAAGAAAGCCAGAAUCAAACGUGAAUGGCAAGAAGAAAUCUCAGUAUGACAGUGGUGCCAAGGUAAUCCAGGCCCUUAAAUAUAGGGAGGGUGCAUGUACAAACUGUGGAUCAAUGAAACAUGAUGCCAAGUCUUGCAUUGAAAGACCGAGGAAAGUUGGAGCAAAAUGGAACGACAAGCACAUUGCCCCGGAUGAGAUUGUAGAGACCCUUGGACAUCUCACCUAUGAUGAAAAGCGUGACCGUUGGGAUGGAUACAAUCCAUCAAGCUAUGCUCAUGUUCUUAAGAGAUAUGAAUUGCAACAGGAAGCUCGAAAAAAGUACUUGAAGGAAGAAAGAAUCAAGAAAUUAGAAGAUCAAGAUGUUCAUCAUGAUGAUGAUAUGAGGGUGGAUGAAGCCAAGGUUGAUGAGAGCAAGCAAACGGACUUCGCAAAGGUUGAGAAGCGUGUGCGUACAGCGGGUGGUGGAAGCACUGGAACUGUUAGGAACUUACGUAUCCGUGAAGACACGGCAAAAUAUCUUCGGAAUCUUGAUGUCAACUCUGCGCAUUAUGAUCCGAAAAGCCGAUCCAUGCGUGAGAAUCCUAAUCCGGACGCAGAUCCUAACGAGCAGUUCUAUGCAGGUGAUAAUGUAUGGAGAAACACUGGUCAGGCUCUGGAUUUUAACCAGAUGAACAUGCAUGCUUUGGAAGCAUUUGAGAGGGGACAAGAUGUACACAUGCAAGCAGCUCCAUCGCAAGCUGAGUUUCUAUACAAAAAUUACAAGAAAAUCAAGGAGAGAUUUACUACGCAGACCAAUUGCACCGUUCUAGAAAAAUAUGGCAAUGCAGCCAGUGGAGGAGAACUUCCUAAGGAGCUUCUACUGGGACAGAGUGAACGAGUUGUCGAAUACGAUCGAGCUGGGAGGAUCAUUAAGGGCGAGGAAGAAGCGGUUCCUAGGAGCAAGUAUGCAGAAGAUGUCAUUAUCAACAACCACACUUGUGUGUGGGGUUCGUGGUGGAAAGGUCACCGAUGGGGGUACAAGUGUUGUAAGCAAUUUAUGCGAAACAGUUAUUGCACAGGUGCCGCUGGAGUUGAGGCUGCCGAGGCUGCAAUACAUCUCAUGGAGCCUUAA